CAUCAAACACACGUGUUGAGUCAGUUGAGGUGUUGAUAUGCAUGUUAACCUUUGAAACCAAGAGUUAAAAAAAAGUGAUUUUUACUGUAUCUUCGUCUUCUUUGCUAGAUCAAAUCAGAACAAAAUUAUAAUUCAAAGGAUUUUGGCCGGAGCUCUUGAGGAAGUCGAGAUGGUUAAUACUCGGUCUUCUGGAAAAGUUAAGAAGAAAAUAAGCUUGGAAAGAAAGGUUUGUGAUAAGAAAAUGAGGAUUAAAACUGUUACUUCAAAGAGGUCUUAUAAUUCUAAGAAAGCAUUCGAGUCUGUUAAGAAGAGGAGGAGAAGAGGUUAUAAUUUUGUUAAAGAAAGGUUGAAGGAUUUUGAACCUUUGAUUGCAGUUGAUAAUCGUUUCUUAGGUAAAUUGGCUUUUUCAUCAUCAUACUCUGUGAUAAAUGAUAUUAAGCAAAUACUUUCUCCAGUCCAGCUUGAUAUGUUUCGAAAGAGUUGUUUUGGAUAUUUUUUGGAUUUAAAUGGAAUGAGGAUGCAGCCCAAGUUGUUUCACUCUUUGCUUUUAAGGGAAGUUCAUCACUCUAACAAGAAGGAAUUGUGGUUUGAUGUUCGUGGGAAGAAAUUAAGGUUUGGUAUUUUUGAAUUUGCUACUGUUACUGGUUUGCGUUGUAUGGGUGAUGAAUCUAGAUUUUCUUCAGUUUCUGUUUCUAAUGGUUUAUAUGAUACAUAUUUCAAGAAUGAGAAGAUUAAUAGAGUUUUGAUUGAGAAAAUGUUUAAAUCAUCUUCUUUUGGUUCUGAUGAUGAGGCUGUUAAGUUUGCUAAGCUGUAUUUCACUCAGUGUUUUCUGCUUUCCUCUAAUGAAAAUACUAAGGUGGAAGAGAGGUUCAUUCAUUUGGUUGAUAGUGACUUAUGCGACGAGUAUUUGUGGGGAAAGUACUGCUUUGAAAAAACUGUUGAAUCUAUGAAGCAUAGGUUGGCUUCUCAGGCUAAAAGGUCACAUGAUGACUCUGAUUUCUUUUAUAGAUUGUAUGGACUUCCGUAUGCUGUUCAGAUUUGGUUUUAUGAGUGUAUAUCGCCGGUUCUUGAUUUCCUUUGUAAUCUAGAAAAUCCUGACCGUAUUCCUCGGAUGUUACGUUGGACACCGAAAGAUCUUAGUGUGGUCAGGAAUACUGAUCAUACCAUUUUUGAGGAUGCUUAUGAAAAGUUGGAAUUGAAGAACAUAUCUGCGAGUCAUGAAGAAAUUAGUGUUUUGCAUUUAGAUGGUUUAAGUGAACAAGGUAUGACGACUUAUGAUGUUGCUCGAGAGAAUCUAAAAGAACCUAAUUUGGGGGUAGACGAUGUUCGCAUAAAUUAUGAUGAUAAUCUUGGAUCUAGUUCUGGGUUGGUUGAUAAGAGAGUUACUGUUGUUGCCGAUUCUAUUCCAGUCUCUAUGUUAUUUGAUUUUAUGAAAGAUAUAAAGGAUGUGAUUGUGAAAGAAAUUGGUGGAUUGAAGGAGUUUACUGAGAAAAGACUUGCAGAUCAAGAUAAUAUUCUUGCUUCUGUUGUACAAAAAAUUGAUUCAUUUGAACGGAGAGCUUUUCAGAAAAUUGAUACUGAUAAAUCUGCCGAGGUUGGUGUUAAUUUUACAUUAAAUGACACAUUCCAUUGUGGAUCCGCCAUGAUCUCGGAGAAGGAAGAUGCAGAUGCGGAAAAUCUAGAUGAUGAUCAUGUGAUUUAUGAUAAAGCCGAUGAUGCUAACAAAGGGUCGGAACAGAAGGAGGAUAUGGUUGAUGAUACCGACAAUGAGUUUGAUGUCUCUGUUUUUACAUCUGAAACUGAAACUGAUGCUGCUGUUGUUUUUAAAAGUGAAUAAGUUAUGAAACUAUCUACAUCUUAAGUAAAUAAACUGAGGACUGUUUGUAAAAUAUUUAUGGAAGUGCGUUGAAAUCACGAAACUGUAGUUUGUUUAAUUAGAAAUCGGUUUAAAACUUUUAUUUAUAUAAAUUUAGAUAGAGAAAUUCAUUGAA